AUGGUAGGUACAGUAAAUUUCACAACUAAUAUUGAAAGAUCUCUUCACACUUUAAGUAUUGCUUUUAGUGCAGUGCCUUGCAAUACGUUUAUUCUUAAGAAAUUUUCAAAUAUUCCAUACGAUGUGGAGGUAUCAAAGGAAAGAAUAGAUUCAAUAAUGAAAUCUCUAAUUGAGUUGUACCUUAAUAAAGGUGGGUUUAUUGUUGAAGUGGAUGAUUUUUCUGCAGUAGGUGUUUUCACACCGCCUGGUUUGAUGCUCAAUAUGCCACUGACUUCAGAUCUAACUUUUAAUGAAGCGUUUGUUCAUCGCGGAUUAUUUUACAGGAAGAAAUAUUUAGAAGAUAUUAAUUACUAUUAUUUAUUUUUAUUGGGAAAAGAUUUUACAGUGCAGGGAGGAAAGGGUGGCGUUCGAAGUAUAUUUGAUCUAUACAAGAAAAAAUGUGAUGAUCAAAAUUGUGCGUUAGUGCUAGAGUGUAUCAAUGAGAAAGCAAAGUCGAUGUAUGAGUAUUUUGGUUUCAAGACAUAUGGAACAUAUCAAAUCGGUCAAAACGAAGUCGAUUCCAAUGGUAAAGUGAGCCACGAAGGUAAAGGAUUUACAAUUUACUUUAUGAUAUAUUACAAAGGCGCUAUACAUGAAUAUUGA